AUGACUCCUGUCUGGCAUUAUCUCAUUUAUCUGACCCUGCUUCUUCCAGGAUACCUUGCAGCCGAUCACCGCCGCCGCGACGAUGACGCUGAAGCCUUCUCGCCUCCCUACUAUCCGGCCCCUCCGGGAGGUUGGAUAUCCGAUUGGAGUGCUGCAUACGCCAAAGCUCAGGCUGUGGUGAGCAAUAUGACCCUAGCUGAGAAAGUCAACCUCACUACCGGUACCGGAAUGUUCAUGGGCCCUUGCGUCGGUCAAACAGGUAGCGCACUUCGAUUCGGGAUACCAAACCUCUGUAUGCAGGACUCCCCUCUGGGAAUCCGCAACUCGGACCAUAAUACCGCGUUCCCUCCUGGGGUAACUGUUGGAGCUACCUGGGACAAGGAUCUGAUGUACCAGCGUGGUGUCGAACUUGGGGAAGAAGCUCGCGGGAAAGGUGUGAACGUUCUGCUUGGUCCAGUGGUCGGACCCAUGUUCAGGAAGCCACUCGGCGGACGCGGGUGGGAAGGCUUCGGCGCCGAUCCGACCCUGCAGGCAGUUGGAGGCGCAUUGACGAUCCAGGGCAUGCAAAGCACUGGUGCGAUAGCUUGUUUGAAACAUUUCAUUGGGAAUGAGCAAGAGAUGUAUCGCGAGACCUCGGUUCUAACUCAAGGUUAUUCAUCGAACAUCGAUGACCGUACCCUGCAUGAACUGUACUUGUGGCCAUUUGCGGAGGGAGUCCGGGCUGGCGUGGGCUCUGUGAUGAUGGCGUACAACGAUGUGAAUCGCUCGGCCUGUAGCCAGAAUAGCAUGCUCAUCAGCGGCAUCCUUAAGGACGAGUUAGGCUUCCAGGGGUUUGUCAUGACCGACUGGCUGGCUCAGCAGGGCGGCGUCUCGUCUGCCCUCGCCGGACUUGACAUGGCUAUGCCUGGCGAUGGGGCCAUCCCUUUGCUCGGGGAUGCUUACUGGGGAUCCGAGCUAUCAACCGCCAUCCUCAACGGAACAGUGCCGCUGGAUCGACUCAAUGACAUGGUCACUCGGAUCGUUGCGACUUGGUAUCAAAUGGGUCAGGAUGAGGAUUAUCCUCUGCCCAACUUUUCGAGCAACACGCUCGACAAAACAGGCCCUCUCUAUCCCGGUGCCCUGUUCUCCCCGACGGGCGUUGUCAACCAAUAUGUCGACGUGCAAGGCAACCAUAACAUCACUGCGCACGCUGUUGCCCGAGAUGCGAUCACUCUCCUCAAGAACGAGAAUAACACAUUGCCCCUCAAGCGCAGUGCCGCUCUCAAGGUGUUUGGUACCGAUGCUGGGCCCAACACUUCCGGCCUCAACUCCUGUAGUGACAUGGGCUGCGACCAGGGCGUCCUUACGAUGGGCUGGGGAAGUGGUACCUCGCACCUCCCUUCACUCGUCACGCCGCAAGAAGCCAUUGCCAAUCUUACUACGUCGAAUUCGACUACCUUUUACUUGUCGGAUACGUUCCCUGCCAAUCUCGCCACCCCAUCCACUUCCGACAUCGCUGUGGUCUUCAUCAACGCUGACUCUGGCGAGAACUACAUCACUGUCGAGUCCAAUCCAGGAGACCGCACCAGCGCAGGCUUCGAUGCGUGGCACAACGGCAACGCGCUCGUUCAAGCUGCUGCGGCCGAGUUCUCGACUGUGGUUGUAGUGAUCCAUACUGUUGGCCCUAUACUGCUUGAAUCGUUUAUUGACCUCCCUAGCGUCAAGGCUGUGCUUAUUGCUCACCUCCCCGGCCAGACUGCCGGCUAUUCGCUCACGGAUGUCCUGUAUGGCGAGGUCAGCCCUAGCGGCCAUCUGCCCUACACUAUCCCUACAUCGGCGUCAAACUACCCAUCCUCCAUGGACAUCAUCACCUCACAGCCACUUUUGUCCCAGAUCCAGGACUGGUUUGAUGAGGGGAUUUACAUCGACUAUCGUUACUUUCUACAAGCCAACAUCACCCCCCGCUACCCUUUCGGCUACGGAUUGUCGUACACGACGUUCCAGUACUCGGCACCAGUUCUGACCACUGUGACCGAACUGAGCACCGAAUAUCCCGCUGCGAGAGCAAGCAAGGCUUCGGUCCCAACUUAUCCCACAGAUAUUCCCGAUCCUCAAGAAGUCGCAUGGCCGAGCACGCUUGAUCGGAUCUGGCGCUACCUGUACCCGUAUCUGGAUGAUCCCGAGAGCGUUACCAACACAAGCACCUACUCGUACCCGGCCGGCUACUCCACCACGGCGCAUGCGGCCCCGCGUGCCGGGGGAGGACAGGGUGGCAACCCUGCCCUUUUCGAAACCGCUUUUGAGGUAGCGGUGACCAUCACCAACACCGGCACACGAAGUGGACGAGCCGUGGCACAACUGUAUGUGCAAAUGCCGGAUGAGGCAGUUCUUGGAGUAGACACCCCGAAGAGACAGUUGCGGGCGUUUGCGAAGACCGGGACCCUGGCGUCCGGGGAGAGCGAAGUCGUGACUAUGAAUGUGACCAGGAAAGAUUUGAGUGUGUGGGAUGUCACGGUGCAGGAUUGGCGAGCGCCAGUUGGUGGAGCGGGUGUGACUUUCUGGGUAGGGGACAGUGUUGCAGAAGAGGACCUGACGGUGAAAUGUGCUGUUGGGAGUGACUGUGAGGUUCUUUAG